AUGCAGGAAUCCCGAGAACAAAGCGUGAGUCAUGUGAGCAGCGCAGAAGUCAGCGAUCAGAAACCUGAAUCUUCAAGCCUUGGUUCCAACCUUCCCAUGUCCAGUGAGAUUAUGACAUGCACUGAUUAUAUCCCAAGGUCAUCAAAUGAUUAUACCUCACAAAUGUAUUCUGCAAAGCCAUAUGCACAUAUCCUUUCUGUACCUGUAUCGGAAACAAUGAGCCCUUACCCUGGUCAGACUCAGUACCAAGCACUACAGCAGUCUCAGCCCUACACCAUCUACCCCCAGACCACCCAAACCUACGGACUACCUCCUUUCGGUGCACUGUGGCCAGGUAUGAAACCUGAAAGUGGUUUAAUUCAGACUCCAUCUACAAGUCAGCACAGUGUUCUUACCUGCGCUACAGGGUUAACCACAAGCCAGCCCAGCCCAGCACAUUAUUCUUAUUCCAUUGAAGCAUCGACUACCAAUGCCAGUCCAGUCUCUACAUCCUCAACUGUUGUCAAUAUUUCCACAUCAGCAGUAGCCAGCAUCUCACAGGAAUAUCCCACGUACACGAUCCUUGGCCAGAGCCAGUACCAGACAUGCUACCCGAGUUCUGGCUUUGGAGUUGUCACACCAGCAGACAGCAGCACGGAGAGCGCUGCGUUAGCCGCCGCGGCGUUCCCGGCCGACAAACCAGCCGCCCUGGUGCCUAUGCGGACGGCGCAGAGACAUUCCUCUGGAGAUGCAUCCACAAGUCCUUCUUUAUCAAGAGCAACAGCAAGUAAAGAGUUAGAUGAGCAGGCAAGAAAAAACAUCCCUGGGAAGAACAGGGGGAAGAGGAAAGCAGAUACCUCUUCCUCGCAAGACAGUGAACUGGAGCGAGUGUUCCUCUGGGACCUGGAUGAGACCAUCAUAAUCUUCCAUUCACUUCUCACGGGAUCUUAUGCUCAAAAAUAUGGCAAG